GGCAAAUUGUCACUCACCAACAUCUUUCCAAGCGACUCGAUUGUUUGGAAACCCUAUAGCUUCGAUAUUUGAGUUUCCGGACUCGUCCAACUCCCGAUUGCGGUAUUGACUCUUUCCCCGGGAGCAAAGCAAACAAGAGCGGGGCUGCGGAGGACCAAGGUGGGUCCCCUGAGCUCUACGGAUCAAGAACCCAGCUCCACGCGCAAACCGACCGCCCGAUCCCACAAGUGACGACGACGACAACCACCACCAUGUCGGCUAUCAGACAGAGAGCGGCCCUGCUCGCCCGGCAAGCCCGGCCGCAGGCUGUUCGCAACACCAGACGCUAUGGCUCGAGCCACGGUCACGACCACCACCACGAGCACACGGUCGAGGAGAAGCUUGGAACUGGCUUCUAUCUCUCGGCCGCUACCCUCGCUGGUACCUGGGUUGUUUACAAGGCCUCUCGCCCCGGCACAGACGGCGAGCUGUCGACAUUCAGCAGGUGGUUGAAGGAAUGGGCGGACCUCCACCAGACUUGGGAGACACGAAACGAUCUGCUCGCUGCUGCUGUCGAGCAAGCCGCCGCAGACAGACAUCUCCUUCUCAACGCCCCGCGCAACAGAACCCACGAUUUGAGAUUUCCCGAGGUCUUCAACACCGGUUCCCCCUUUAACGUUCCGGCUGGACACUACGUGAACAUUGACAAGGUGGUUGCCCAUUACCAGCAGCAGCAUCUCAAGGAGGAGGAGCGCAAGGCCAAGAAACUUGCGGCGGCCGCCCAGCAGUAGCUACUUCGUUUGAAGAAGGUCCUACAUCGUUAUUUCCUCACGCGUUCAUCAUACCAAGAUACAUUACCCACUUUGGGAUGUUGUGGCACAUGUACAUAGGUAGAA